AUGAAGAAAGUUUCAACCAACGAUGGACCUAUUUUAGGAACAGAAAUAGAAGAAAAAUUCGAUAUGAGCAAAACCCAUUCAGCUGAAGCUAGGAUGAUAAAUUGGCAUAAAGAUCAACCCACAGGGUUUGGAAUUGAGAUAUUUACAGACGGCUCGAAGACUCAGGAGCGAGUCGGCGCUGCCUUUGUAGUAUACGACAAUAAAAUUCUAACCCAAAGAAUAAGACUAAAUGGCUAUUCUACAGUCUUUCAAGCAGAAGCAAUUGCCCUCAAAUCAGCAUUUAUAUGGAUUAACGAAUAUUUAAAGAAUGGAAAACGGCCCAUUAAUGUGUUCUCGGACAGCCAAAGCGUUCUCAAGGCUAUUAAUAGUCCAAAGCAAACACUCCUCAUUAAAGCCCUAAAGGAGCUUAUCGCAACAGAAAGGACAUUCAGGACAGUAAACCUGAAUUGGAUUCGUGGACAUACAGGAAUUGACGGAAAUGAAGCAGCUGAUCAAGCUGCAAAAGAAGCUUCAAACAAGGCAGAAGUGGACUGCCAUCUUCCAAAUCCAAUUCUGGCCGCAAAAGACAGACUCCUAAAGGAUGCAAUUCAAAAAUGGCAAGAACGAUGGGACAAUGCAGAAACGGGUCGACUUACUUUUGAUUACUUUCCUAAAGUCUCCCUGAAAAGAUUACGAACAGAUUUUCCACGUCAUGGCUAUAACUAA